CAUGGAGGCAGAAAAACCUCCCCACACGUCGCUGUUUACGUCGCAGAAAAACCCAACUCAACCACAUCCUCGGGCUCAGCACGGCUCAGUACGACUCGGACCACACCAGCCUCCGUCAGAAAUCGUCCUGCGUUGAAGUUUGAAUGUUAAUUUCCUACGAGGACGCUUCGCUUUUUCAGUCCAAACCCUCAGACAAUACGAAAACCGACGCGGAAUGGCGUCUUGCAGGGGCCCGGGAAGAUGAAUACCUGCAAUACCAACCGCGAAUCGUCCAUGAUGGACAUGUUGAUUGACAAAUAGCAGCGGGAAUUGUGAGUCUCUAGCCAACCACGCGGCCUGGUGUGUGGGGAGGCGGGCCGGACGGCAGUGCUGGUGUACAUGUUCCCGGCGUGCGGGCACCAAGGAGCGUUUCCUGCACUGGUGCAUGGUGGUCGAACAGGAGGAAUUGUUGGAAAUUUUUCGGAGCAGCUGAAGCAUGCUCUUGGCCCAGAUAAAUCGGGACUCACAGGGAAUGGCAGAGUUUCACGAUGCAGACGGGCAGCCGGUCACUCUCUGUCUGACGGAGGCUGUGACAGUGGGAGAUGGAGAUCAGAUGGAGGGCAUGGACACGGUUAGCCUGCAGGCUGUCACUCUAGCAGAUGGAUCCACUGCAUACAUCCAGCAUGACUCCAAAGGUUCCUUUUCAGACGGACAGAUCAUGGACGGCCAGGUGAUCCAGCUGGAGGACGGAUCUGCUGCCUACGUUCAGCAUGUGUCGAUGUCUAAAUCAGGAGGGGACAGUUUACAGCUUGAAGAUGGACAAGCAGUUCAGCUUGAAGAUGGAACAACAGCCUAUAUUCACACACCCAAAGAUACAUAUGACCAGACGGGCCUGCAGGAGGUGCAACUGGAGGACGGCAGCACGGCCUACAUCCAGCACACAGUGCACAUGCCCCAGUCCAACACCAUCCUGGCCAUCCAGGCUGACGGUACCAUCGCAGACCUGCAGACUGAAGGCACUGCCAUCGACCCUGAGACCAUCAGCGUGCUGGAACAGUACACCACCAAGGUGGAGAAUAUAGAAAACCCCUUAGGCCCCUUCAGCAGAGUGGAAGGAGACAAUGGUGUUCACAUGCGGAUUGUGUUACAGGGUCAAGACAACAGGCAAGCAAGGGUCACAAAUGUAGGAGAAAAAUCUUUCCGCUGUGAAUAUGAGGGGUGUGGUAAACUCUACACCACUGCCCAUCAUCUCAAGGUACACGAACGCUCCCACACCGGAGACAAACCAUAUGUCUGCGACUAUCCGGGCUGUGGGAAAAAGUUUGCUACAGGGUAUGGACUGAAGAGUCACUCACGCACACACACAGGGGAGAAGCCAUAUAGAUGUCAGGAGAUGAACUGCUGCAAGUCCUUCAAAACCUCCGGUGACCUUCAGAAGCAUACACGGACUCAUACAGGAGAGAAGCCUUUUAAAUGCCCAGUCGAUGGCUGUGGCAGAUCGUUUACCACCUCCAACAUCCGUAAAGUUCACAUCCGAACACAUACCGGUGAGCGGCCAUACUACUGCUCGGAGCCAACUUGUGGACGGUCCUUUGCUAGUGCGACCAACUACAAGAACCACAUGAGGAUUCACACCGGGGAGAAACCAUAUGUGUGCACAGUGCCUGGGUGUGAAAAGCGCUUCACAGAAUACUCCAGCCUUUACAAACAUCAUGUUGUUCAUACGCCCUGCAAACCUUACAACUGCAACCACUGUGGGAAAACCUACAAACAGAUCUCCACACUCGCCAUGCACAAACGUACAGCCCACAAUGACACUGAGCCCAUCGAGGAGGAACAGGAGACAUACUUUGAACCACCAACAGAUGCUAUUGAUGACCCUAACGUGAGUUACUCAGCUACAGUGGUUGAGGCAGAUGACUCUGGCUCAGAGCAGCUUACAGUGGAGAACUCCGAUAUGGUUGGUCAGCAGCACAUUGCCUUGGUAACGCAGGAGGAUGGGACACAACAACAGGUCAGUAUCUCCGAAGCGGACUUACAAGCUAUGGGUGGCACAAUAACCAUGGUAACCCAGGAAGGCACAACCAUAACCAUCCCAGCCCACGAACUUGCAACACAAGGUUCUCACUCGGUUACCAUGGUAACAACAGACGGCUCCGAUGAACAGGUGACCAUCAUGACACCCGACAUGGCCUCGUAUCAAACGGUGGAGGAGGCCGGCUACAGCCAAGAACACGAUGGAAUACAUCCUGUCACGUUACUAGCCACCUCCAACGGCACUCACAUUGCAGUGCAGCUCAGUGAUCAGCCUUCGCUGGAGGAAGCCAUCAGAAUAGCAUCAAGGAUACAACAGGGAGAGUCACCAGGCCUGGAUGAUUGAUGGACUCAUUAUGGACUAUGAUUUAGGAUCAAAACCAUCUCAUCAUGAGAAAUCCUGUCUUCCUCCAUGUUUUUUUGUUCCACAAAAGAACUUAGCUUUUAUGUGUACAUAGUAUUUUGAUAACUGGAGUUCAGCUAUGCUAUUUUGUUCCUCAGCCAAAAGAAAUGGGAGAGCAGAAAAAUGCUUUCUAAUGUUUAUGGUGCACAGUGUAAAGUGCAGUGUACAGCGAAUGCUAUUUCUAAUAAAAAAAAGUGUGAUUAA